GGAGGCCAUUGGAGAGGGUAGGGAAGGAAGCAACUCACCAGCACCACCCAGGUCGUUAGAAGUGGAGCGCAUGACAAGAACCAUGGGUGAUGGUCGUGGAGAAGGGGAGGUGCAACUGCUGCUGUCCAAGCUCGGGAGAAAGGGACAAGACAUUUUGCCAGGUGGUUGUGAUGAGUGGCUGUUGAUCAAUUUGCAUCCUCGUGAGCCUUGGCUCAUAUUCACACCCGAUCGCAAAUCGCUUCUUCAAGUGUGGAACUAUGAAGAUGGGAAACAGGUUGCCUCCUGGGUAGUCCCUGGCCGUGUGAAUGAUGUUCGUGAAGCUGGAUUCAUCCCGCAGAGAGAGAAUUGGAUUGCGGUGAGGCGCUGGACAAUAUAUGAAGUGUAUGAAUGCCAAGGCUCCAACUUGCGGCGUCUAACGCGACUGCAAACAGAAACUGGUGACAGUCACUACACAUGGAAAAUGGCUGUCCAUCAAAGCCUCCCUUGCCUUUUGGCAGGUUUCAUCCACAAGGAUUUUUUUCUGUGGCACUGGAGCGGCAAAUUGGAGAAGGCAAAGUUUGAAGGUCACAAUGCAGAUGUAAGUGCAUUGGUGUUUCAUCCGACUGAGGAACAGAUCUUUGCCAGUGCCUCAGAGGAUAAUGUCAUCAAAGUGUGGAAUUUGGAGAAAAGGUCUAUUAUUCAAACCCUGAGCGAUGAUGGUAAACGGCGUAUCUACAGGAUGGGAUUCUGUGGUGGAGGGGAGAGAUCACUUCUGAUCACAUCCCACAAGGGGGACCAAAAUGUACGGGUGUGGGACUACAAGAAGGGAAGUUGCAUAGCACGAUGGAAAGCACACGAUAAAUGCCGGGCGUCCCUCUUCCAUCCCCACUUGCCGUAUAUAAUGACUGCAGCAGUGGAUGGAGAGAUUAGAGUUUGGAGUGAGUCAAGCUACCAGCAAGUGUCCUCUCUUUCCAUUGAAUGCCAUAAAGAUGGGAUUCUCAGCAUGCUCCCAAGUAAAAUUUAUAGUAAGCUCAUUGUUGCAGGUAGAGGUGAAUUCCAUGUCGUGGAGGUUGAAACAGGAAUUUCAAAGGGAGACCAGAAAAAGGACGAGCAGGAGCAAAAGGGAUCUCCUUGCGCGAAAGAUUUUCAUGCUUCUUCUUCAUCAAUGGCUGUUGUGGUCAAUGAACCAGCAGUGGUAUCAAGAAAGGCAAUGGAAGAGAUUGGGCAGAAGGUGCUUGUCAAGGUCAAGCUUCAGCUCGAAGAGAAAAUUAAGGAAGGUGUAGCAAUGGUUGAGCAGCAUUGCAAAAAAGCAGUUGAUGCAGUGAUGGCAGAGCAUCGGAGAAAGGAGAGAACCCAAGCGGAGAUAGUGCAACAACUCCAGAGCGAGAUGAUGAGGACAUGUGAAUCAUCAAAACGGCAGAUGCAGGAGGUGCAGAGACUGACACAGAGGGUCCAGCAGUUGGAGGAAGAGAUUCAAACAAUGACAGGGAGAUUUGAAACGUCCAAACGGGGGAUUCAGGAGGUGGAGCAAACACUGGCAGAGGAGAUCAAUAGGCGAAAUGCGGCAGAAGAAUGCACAGCACAUUUAGCUGAAAGGAUCUGCAAGCUAAAACACAAGUUAGCAGAAGAGGUGGCGAAACGGGAAAGGGGAGAGGCAUCUCUAACACAUGCGUGUGAUGUUUGCUCUGCGGGCACUCGUCUGUUGAAGGAGUACUCUUUCGAGGAGCUCCAACAUGCAACUGAUAAUUUUGACGUAAAGCGGAAGUUUGGGGGUGGGGAUCAGUUUGAGAAUACUUACCUGGGGACGCUACGAGAUGGUAGUCUUGUUACGGUGAGAAAGGUGAGAGAUGCAAGCACGCAGCUCAAGACGGAGCUUGUGGACAGAGUGAGAGCUCUCCGCCAUCCCCAUCUCCUGACCUUGGUAGGAGUCUGCUACGAAGGGAGCUGCCUGGUUUACGAGUACAUGGAGCGCGGGAGCUUAAAGGACUGGAUCUCACAUCAUGAUGAAGAAAAUGCGGCAAGAGGGUUCCUUCCAUGGUAUUCCCGCUUUCACGUAAUGGCUGAGGUUGCUCGGGCACUGUGCUUCCUGCACUCAGUUCCGUCGGCAUCCGGUGGUGGUCCCAUCAUACAUCGGGCCAUCAAGCCAACCAACAUCCUGCUGUCUGACAGCUUUGUGGCAAAGAUCUGUGGUGUGGACGAGGCGAUUCUUGACACAGACUCUGCCGGAGAGGUCCAACAGGGAGAGGAUCCCCUGGGGGUAUCCACAAACAGGGAAUCCCGCUAUAUUGCCCCAGAGUAUUUGCAUCAACGAGUUCGUAGUGAGAAAAUGGAUAUCUAUGCGUUCGGCAUCACUGUCUUGGAGAUGCUGACUGGAAAUCUAUCAAACGCAUUUGAAGUCGUUGAAGAUGCAAUUGAGGAUCACACCACUUUCAAGAAUGCUUUGGAUCGAAAUGCGGGCUGUUGGGAUGUUGACCUGGCUUGCGAAGUGGCAAUGCUGGGGUUGCGCUGUGCAAGUUUUAACAGACGCAAAAGGCCGGACAUGACAGAACCUGAAGUAGGCAUUCUGGCAGUCCUUGAGGGAGUUGCGAGGAAGUUUCAGAUCAGACCGCUUGAGCAGCAGCAAUUCACUUCGAUUAUUGUCACGUUGUCAAAGCGACGAUCCGUACGGAUACUCGCAGUACAAGUGCCAGAACGCGAAGGUUACGCAAAAGGUCGCUCCAAAGAUAGGGGCAUCUUAUUCCCAGGCUUCAAGCUCGGGAAAAGCAUGAGGCCAAGGGAAGUUUUAGUUGCUUCUACUCUUGGUGAAGUGGGCUUGAUACCCUCCCCACUUCACGAGAAGGCCCAAGCUAAUGACUCCUUAGUCACCCCGCAGACUCAUCCGGACCAAACUAUGCUCUGUACGUGGGAUGUGUCUGAAGCCUUAGAAGACUUAGAAGGUGAGUGGUCAAACAAGGACCCUCGCGAGUCUUGGGUGGCGCUUAAGAAAGGUCCUAGAGGGGAACAUUUCGUGGUGGAAGUCGAUGUAGGAGGCCGCAAAUGUGGUGCCUUCAUAGACAUAGGCUCCACGUGGAAUUACAUAAGUCGCGACUGUUUGGAAAGGCUGCACCUACAGGACCGGGUACGGCACCUUAGUAGCCCAGUAGCAUCUACUUUGGCCAACAAGGAGCGCAUGAUUGUAACAGACUACAUCAAGAACGUAGUCUGUACCUUCUCCUAUGGAGGAGGAGAGCUUAACCAUAAGAUCUCGUUCUUGGUUAGCGACAAUUUACCAUUUGACAUGUUAUUAGGCAUGUACUACCUCGAAGUUGCUAAGCCCCAGUUUGACUGGGAUAAGAAGGUGCUUAAGCAUAAGUUGUCCGACGACCGAACUGUCAGAUUGACCAAGUUCAAGGCCAGUACUAUUUUAGAUACCUAUGGCUGCUUGUGUGCAUCAGCGUUCUACAACUACUGUAAGCAAAACCAAGAGGAAGGUAUGUACCUUGUUUAUGUCUCUGAGAAAGGGAAGACGGUUUUAAAACCCCCAGAGAUAGAACGCGUCGUUGCUAAGUUCCCUGAUCUGUUCGAAGAGCCCACAGGGGUUGUCGAAAGGGAAGUUGACCACGCUAUAGAAAUCAUUCCAGGGAGUAAGACCCCAAAGGGAAGGAUCUAUAGGAUGGCUCCCGCCGAGUUAGAUGAACUUCGGCGACAACUUAAGGAGCUGACAGAGAAGGGAUGGAUUCGGCCUAGUACUUCCCCUUACGGAUCACCCGUUCUAUUCGUACCGAAGAAGGGGGGUACUUUGAGGAUGUGCAUUGAUUAUAAAGGCCUCAAUGCCAUCGCUGUGAAAAACGCAGAGCCUCUACCUCGCAUGGACGACCUAUUGGAUAGGGUGCAGGGAUGCAAGUACUAUAGCAAGAUAGACUUGAAAUCCGGAUAUCACCAGAUCGCUAUAAGACCUGAGGACCAACACAAGACAACCUUUCAGACUCGCUAUGGUCUGUAUGAGUUUGUAAUGACGCCUUUCGGUCUUUGUAAUGCGUCGGGUACAUUCCAGCACGCUAUGAAUCAGAUCUUCCAUGACCAUUUAGAUAAGUUUGUCGUGGUUCACCUUGACGACAUUCUGAUCUUUAGUAAGUCUGCCGAGGAGCACGCACAACACGUUGAGAUUGUUCGCUCACUCCUGCGACAGCACAAGUAUAAGGUCAACUUAGAGAAGUGUGAGUUUGGUCGCACAAAGAUACUAUACUUGGGUCAUGAAGUAUCCGGGGAGGGAAUUAGGCCGGAAGAUGCGAAGGUGGCGAGUAUUCGAGACUGGCCACGACCUCAGACAGUUACUGAGAAGCCAUUCAUAGUGACCAUUGACGCAAGCCAAUACGGCAUUGGCGCAGUGUUGGCUCAGCAGGAUGGGAAGAAGUUGAGACCGAUUGAGUAUAUGAGCAAGAAGAUGCCAUCAAAGAAGUUGGCAAAGUCCACCUACGAAAGGGAACUCUAUGCUUUAUACAAAGCACUUGUCCAUUGGAGACACUUCCUUUUGGGAAGGUUCUUCUACUUGAGGACUGAUCAUCAGACCCUCAAAUGGAUCAAGACUCAACCGGCUCUUUCUGAUGCACUCAAGCGAUGGAUUGAGGUCAUAGAUCAAUAUGACUUCAAGCUUGAGUAUCUGAAGGGAGAGUAUAACAAGGUUGCUGAUGCACUAUCACGUAGAGCAGACUACCUAGGUGCGCUAGUUUCUGACUUUGGCGUAUCUGAAGAAGUGACUCAAUCAUUAGUGGGAGCCUAUCAGGAAGACCCUGUCACGAUGGACAUCAUGCGCAAACUUCAGGCAAAAGACAAGGCCACGGAAAGUGAGUUUGUGACGGUGGACGGGUUACUCUAUCUUGAUAAGGCAGGAAUAAAGAGAUUAGUAGUUCCAUCUAGUGAACAGUUGCAUAGUUUGUUUUUAGGCGAAUGUCAUGACGCAACCGGGCACUUUGGCUACAAGAAGACGAGUGCUAACCUAGUACAACGAUUUUGGUGGCCUGCUAUGUUAGAUGACGCGAAGAAGUACGUAGAGACCUGUCAGGUCUGUCAGCGGGACAAGCCGCGCACUCAAGCACCGCUUGGGUUGGUGAAGCCCUUACCUAUCCCCGCUGGUCCUGGACUGAGUGUAUCCAUGGAUUUCAUGGACACCUUGGUGACCAGCAAGAGUGGCAAGAGGCACAUAUUCGUCAUCAUCGAUCGAUUUACCAAGUACGCUAGACUAGUGGCCAUGCCAGAGACAGCCAGGACUGACUAUGUCAUCAAGUUGUUCAAGGACAACUGGGUGCGGGACUUUGGUUUACCAAAGACCAUCAUUAGUGACAGAGAUGUCCACUUCACCAGUGAGCUGUGGAAGAAAACUGUGGAACAAAUGGGCAGUCAACUUCAAAUGACUUCAGGGAAUCACCCCAAAGCCAACGGACAGGCCGAGCAAAUGAACAGAGUUGUGCAACACUUGCUGAGGCAUUACAUCAAACCCAGCCAGGAUGACUGGGAUGAGCAAUUGCCUCUCAUCGCCAGUUUGUACAACAAUGUUGUACAUAGCAAUACCGACGAUAGUCCUAACCAGCUACACUUGGGAUGGAAGCCUAGAUCAACACUAGACUUCCUCCUACCUGAAAACCGACCUGCUGCAACUCCAGGCACACUUGAGUAUGGUGUGCAAUAUGAGAAGUUGCUGCAAGAAGUUGUCGAGCACAUGAAGAAAGCUCAGCAAGCAAUGAUUGCUUCUGAGAAUCAACAUCGUAGACAGUCCUCAUUUAAGGUAGGGGAACGUGUCUGGGUCGAGGCUAGCGAGCUAGGACAGGAAUUCAGAAUCUCUCGUAAACUAAUGCCACAGUAUUUUGGUCCUUGGGAAGUCCUGGAUAUAGUGGGAGAUGAGUUGGAUGGUCCCACAUAUGUCAUUCGUGUCCCUUGACACCUACGCACUCACCCAGUCUUUCAUGCCUCAAAGCUUGCACCUUUCG